UUGCAUCCUUAUUGUAAUAUUGUAUCCAUGCUCCUUGGUCUUUUCUCAAUGCUCCUUGAUCCAUGCUCCAUGCUCCUCGGUUCAGUAAUAGGUCACCCAUCUAAAAUAAGAAGUGCCGCGUCUCAACGUCAGGGGGCGGUACGAUCGCUGCAGACUGCGCGGGGGAAGAAGACAUCCAGCCAGCAGACAAAACCGAAAGCGAAGCGAUCGAUCAGAAGUACUGCAUGAGGGGGAAAAAAUAGUUUGUCCCCCCCCCCCCCCCCAUCUUCGGAUACACAGGAGUGUAACAAAAGAUUCACGGUACCCUAUUUUAAACAUGAAUGGCUCGACGCACCUCGUCGCCAACGUGGUGGACAUCCAGCUCAAGCGGGGACCUUCCGGCCUGGGCUUCAACAUAGUCGGAGGAGUGGACCAGCAAUAUGUGGUCAACGACAACGGCAUCUAUGUGUGUAAAAUCAAAGAGAACGGCGCGGCAGCACUGGACGGAAGACUAGAAGAGGGAGACAAGAUCCUGGCGAUAAACGGGAACAAGCUGGAGAACUGUAACCACGGCGUGGCAGUGGACCUGUUCCGGAGCGCCGGCGAGGACAUCCUGCUGCAGGUCCAGAAGAAGCACCCGCCCCACAGGAACGGCCCCUCCAGCCCGGACGCGGGGGGGGACUCUGCGCUGCCCGCUCUGGGCGUGCUGGUGGGGGUGCUGGGCGCGGCCGCCCUGAUGGCCCUCCUCUACCUGCGCUUCCAGCCGACCCUCCGGAGGCCCUUUUAACCAAAGACCCCCCCCACUACCGCCCCCUCUUUUAUACCCCUGGCCGAGACACUUUACCCCCCCCCCCCCCGGACCACACGGGAAACGAUUAACACAGUAACCUAACGAGACGUAGAACCAUCCUUUGUUUGGGGGUGUUGGUAGAUAUGAAGGUAGCCGGUGCCUGCCCCUUGUUUUGCAUAUGUAUAUGUACCUGUAUUUAUGUAUAUGUUACACGCCGUGAUCGUAGAGGUGUGAUCGCCGCCGCCAAACUUGGCGCCUGACGUCGUUCUACGAAGGGGAGACGACUGAUGUAGCCCAUGCACUACAAGGAUUCCUUCGUAAUUAGCGUAGGUCAAAGGUCACCGCAUAGCACCCGACAUUUCAAUGCCACCCCCCGUGUGUGUGUGUGUGUGUGUGUGUGUGUGUGUGUGUGUGUGUGUGUGUGUGUGUGUGUGUGUGUGUGUGUGUGUGUGUGUGUGUGUGUGUGUGUGUGUGUGUGUGUGUGUGUGUGUGUGUGUGUGAGAGAGAUACCAAUUCACAUCACUGUUCAUCCACAGCGCCUUUUCACAUCAGUGACCAAUCGCAGCCUGCAUGCGGCCAUGUUUCUCUCCCCACCAAGGUUGUGUGUGUUAAAAAAAGAAAACGGGGUGUGAUUUCCAUGUGCAUAUUUGUCAAACGAAACAACAAAAGCCAUAUAAGCGCCACUUCAUGUAUUGCGUCAUGAGGGAAGAGAGUUUGAACUGCUAUAUUUAAUGGACUCUGAUUGCCUUGUGUCCAUUCUGUACAGGUUUGUCUGGUUGGCUCAUGGGAUGCGUAGAAAUGGUCACGUUCAAUGGAACACAGUCACUGAUGGUGUUAUUUGUUAAUUGAACCCCGUCGUUGUCGAAUAUUUUGCAUACCGACGCUAAUUGGUGGCAAUGAAGAAAGUCACGUGUUGAUUGGGUGACGGAGGUCAGGUGGUUCGACUGAUUGACUGCAGCUAAAUACUUUAUAUUUUCGGGAAACAAAAGUUCUCAAUCUAAGAAAGAAAAACACCGCCGACUCGUUGUUUUGCACUAUAACCACGGUCUCAAAUCAUUCUGUCAUUGCCUAGAAAGCCCAGCGGGUGUUUUUGAUGAGGGGGUUAAUUGCCAUGAUUGCUUUUGUUCAUGAUCAGUCAGUGUGGUGGAUGUCUUGGGUUUAACAUAGCUCUAGUGUGUAAAUACUUUUCGUUUGGCCGUGCUGGAUGAGAUAGUGAGUAUGUAAACGUAUGCCAGGAUGAAAGAUCAGAAUCAUUAAAUUAUGCAAAUACUAUGUGUUUGAGGACCAAGCACCUAUUAAAAUUCAUGUUGAAUUCUCUUAUUUGUACUUUGGUGUA